AUGGGGGUCACCAAGCAUGGAAAAGUGGCAGUUCUGACCAACUACCGUGAGGACUCGACCAGCGCAGCCAUCGGAGCCUACAGUCGCGGCGUCAUCGUCAACAGCUGGUUGAUCGGGUCCACUGACAAGUCUGAGGAUACAAGGGAGUUUGUACAAGGCAUCGUGGCUAGCCCAGAAGCAAAGCAGGUUGGGGGUUUCAGUCUAGUGUGUGGACAUAUCAAUGAGCCCUUGGCCAUUGUCUCCAACCGUUCCGCAGACAUGGAUCAGAUCACCUGGGUGGCAACGGAGAAGAACCAGACACGGGGACUCAGCAAUACAAGUUUUGAUGACAGAACCUGGCCAAAGAUCAUUGAUGGAGAGCAGUUGAUGGAGGCUGCUAUUGAUGAGCAUGUGCAAAAGGGAGAUAGGGAGGACGAGGAUGCAUUAAUUGAUCGUCUGCUCCAGGUCCUCAACACCGAUACCCUGCCACGCCUGUCAGAGGAGAAUGCCACAAUUGAGACCUACAUCCACCAUCUGCGCAAGAGCAUCUUCAUCCCUCUCAUCGGUGCUGCAAAUGAUCGUGAUCGAGCUGCAGAGAGAACAGCUGCAGCUCGGGUAGAGGAUGAAAUGAAUACACCAGCAAAUGGUCCCCCUGACCAGAGUUAUACCUGUGGAUCAUACGGGACACAGAAACAAACUAUUCUCCUUGCACGACCGGAUGGACGGGUGCGAUACUUUGAAAGAACGUUGUAUGACAAUGAUGCCAAGGUUGUACCGGUCGGGCAGGGUGAUCAUUCAUUUGAAUUCAACAUCACAGAGUAG